CUCUCGUCGCCUCGUCUCGUCUCGUCUCGUCUCGCUUCCCCCAUCUCCAUCUGCUUCCACCUCCCCCCACUCCACCCCUGCAGCCCUGCUCCGCCCGCCCGCCCGCCAUUAAUUCCGGCCGUUCCCACAUCCAUUCCAUCCAGCUUUCCACCCCCACCCCACCAAGCUCGCUCACAGGGCACACACACACACCACAUGGUCCCGCGCGAGCCACGCCGCCGCUGACGUACGGAUGUCCCUCGCGAGUGCGGGUGCGGCCGCGGCGCGCAAGCCCGCCGCGGCGUGGCGGCGCCCGGGCGGUGUCGGCGGCGGGCGCGGCGUGGGAGUGGCGCGGAGGCGCGCCGUGGCCGCCGCCGCGGCGCUGCUCCUCGCGCUCGUCUACGCCGCGGGGCUGCUCGUGUUCCUCCUCGGCGGGAGGCUCUCCGGCGGCGGAGCGACGGCGGGAGGCCCGGGCCCCGCGGCGGUGACGGUGGCGUCCUCCCUCCGCCGCCGCACCCGCCCCGCGGAUGCGGAGCCACCUCAUGCUCAGCGCGGGUCGGUGUACCGCAGCCACCUCGUGUUCGAGCGCCUCUGGCCGGCCAUGCGCGACGACGCCACGCUCGCCGCGUCCGCUUCCUCCCUCUCCGCCUCGGCCUCGUGGCGCCGCAGCAUGUUAAUGACAUCACAUUACCAGAAUUCUGGGGACCCAUGGAUGCCUUGUGUCAACAGUAGGCUGACUCGAUCAGAGUUGCCACCCUCAAAUGGCUAUCUCAUGAUAGAAGCAAAUGGUGGUCUAAAUCAACAACGGCUUUCUAUCUGCGAUGCUGUUGCUGUGGCCAGCUUGCUUAAUGCAACUCUUGUGAUCCCAACAUUUCAUCUGAAUAGCGUCUGGCGUGAUCCUAGCAAAUUUGGUGAUAUAUUUGAUGAAGAUCAUUUCAUUGAGACACUCAAAGAACAUGUAAGAGUUGUGAAGAAACUUCCUGAAGAUGUUUUGCUGCGCUUCAAUCAUAAUAUCAGCAGCAUACCAAAUAUGAGAACUAAAGCCUAUUCAUCUCCAAACCACUAUGUGCAAAAUGUUCUUCCAAAACUGCUGGAGUUAGGGGUUGUGCGCAUAGCCCCAUUCUCAAACAGAUUAGCCCUGUCAGUUCCAUUGAACAUCCAGGCCUUGAGGUGUUUGGUAAACUACCAUGCGUUAAGAUUUGCUGAACCAAUAAGAAUUCUCUCAGAUGACUUGGUUGGUCGAAUGACAAAAAAGAGUUUGUUGACUGGUGGGAAGUAUGUCUCAGUGCAUCUUCGCUUUGAAGAGGAUAUGGUAGCCUUUUCAUGUUGUACAUAUGAUGGUGGCUGGAGGGAGAAAACUGAAAUGGACAAUGCUCGCGAAAGGAGCUGGAGAGGGAAGUUUCGUCGGCAUGGUCGAGUGAUAAACCCUGAGGCAAACAGAAGGGAUGGAAAGUGUCCUCUUACUCCUUUAGAGGUUGGCAUGAUGCUACGGGGCAUGGGAUUUGACAAUACAACCUCCCUAUAUGUUGCUUCGGGUAAAAUAUACAACUCUGAAAAAUAUAUGGCUCCUCUUCGCCAGAUGUUCCCUCUUUUAACGACGAAGGAUUCUCUUGCUUUGCCUGAAGAACUUGCUCAGUUCAAGGGGCACUCAUCUCAGCUAGCAGCGUUAGAUUACACUGUCUGCGUUCAGAGCGAAGUGUUUGUGACAACUCAAGGGGGGAACUUCCCUCACUUUCUGAUGGGGCACAGACGCUACCUGUUUGGGGGGAAUGCGAAGACAAUAAAACCAGACAAACGGAAGCUGGUCUUAUCUUUUGAUGAUCCCAAUAUCAGAUGGGAUCAGUUCAAGCAGAACAUGCAGGAAAUACUGCAUCACAGCGACAUGAAGAGCAUUGCAUUCAGGAAACCAAACGAUUCGGUGUACACGUUCCCAAUGCCUGAAUGCAUGUGUCAGCAAGAUGGGAUGAUAUAGGCCUGACAGAAUAAACAUGAGGCAAAUCCUUUUGUGUUUUGGUUUUGAGACUGAUACCACACAGAUAGGUAGGUGUAGGCAGGUAACUUGUACAUUCAUAAUAACCUGUAGGUAGUGUCACCAUAUGCUUGAAAGACUGACCAGGGAUUCGCUGAUUCAUGUUGGUUCCACUAUUCUAGGGUGGUCUAUGGAGGACAUACAGUUGGGGGUUGGGUUGGGCUGGGCCGUGGAUGUUGACAUCAAUCACAACACUUGGACUUGAGAGAGGGCUUCUGACAAAAUGAGACCCUACCUUCUUGAUUGUAUAUGUAAAGGGGAUGCCUAACUACAAAGGGGAAAAAGACUUUCUGAUAUAAUAUACCAUGGAAUUUACUUGUUCUUACAUUACACUUAA